AUGAAUAAAGAAGUUCGUUUAGAAACAGAUAAUACAUUUUUAUUAGAGUAUUUAGGCAUUUAAGUUUAAUUGCCUGCAUAUGAUAAUGGAGUUACAAUGAAACCAUAAGAUGCUCGUAUUAGCAAUUUAGCCUAUACGGCUAAUAUAUUAGUUGAUUGUAAAUUAACGUUUGGAGGUGAAAUUGAAAUUAUUGAAAACAUAAAUAUAGGAAAAUUACCUAUUAUGGUUGGAUCAUCUAGAUGUAUAAUAGGUUCUUGUGAUAAAAAAGACGUUUAUAAAUUAGAUGAAUGUCCAAGGGAUCCUCGCGGAUAUUUUAUUAUAAAAGGAGUUGAAAAAGUAUUUUUAAUUUAAGAAUAAUUAGCUGAUAAUCGUAUAUUUAUAGAAGAAGAUAAUAAUAAAGAAUUAGUCGCAAAUGUAAAAUCAAAUACUGUUGAUACAAAAUCAAUAACUUAAUUAAUAAUAAAAAAUCAUAAAAUAUAUGUUAAAGUAAGUUCUUUUAGUAAACCUAUCCCAAUUUUUGUAUUAUUUAAAGCCUAUGGGGUAGAAAGUGAAUAAGAAAUAUUCUAAUUAAUAGGUACUGAGGAAGUAUUUUUAAACAGAUUAGCUUUAUGUUUAGAAGAUCUUGAAUAAGCAGAAAUAUAUACUUAAUAAUAAGCUUUCGAAUAUCUAUCAAAAAGAUUAAGACCGAAAACAUUUCAAGAGAAAACAUAUAGUGUAAGAAAUCCUAUAGAUGAAGCUCGUGAUAUAAUAACAAAUGUUGUAUUAUGUCAUAUUCCUUGCAUAAGUUUUAAUUAUUACCCUAGAGCUAUAUUUUUAGGUGUAAUGGCUAGAAGAUUAUUAGAGGCUUUAGAAGAUAAUAGUAAAGUGGAUAAAAGAGAUUAUUAUGGUAAUAAAAGAAUGAAAUGUGCAGGAUGGUAUUUAGAAUUAUUAUUUGAAGAUAAAUUUAAAUAAUUCAAUAUGAUGAUAAGAAAAGAACUAAACAAAGAAAUAGAAAAACAUAAAAACUAAUAACACCCUAUAUCUAACAGAAUACGUUCUAUAAUGGAAAAAAAUUGCAAUAUAAUAACUUAAGGAAUAAAUAACGCUAUUUCCACAGGAAAUUGGACAAUAAAAAGAUUCCGAAUGGACACAGUUGGAGUUACUUAAGUUUUAUCAAGAAUAUCUUAUAUAUCAGGUAUAGGUAUGAUGACUAGAAUGAAUUCUUAAUUUAAAAAAUCUAGAAAAUUAACAGGCCCAAGAUCUCUUUUAGGAUCUCAUUGGGGUUUGGUUUGUCCUGUGGAUACUCCAGAUGGAGAAUCUUGUGGUUUGACAAAAAAUCUUGCUUUAAUGGCUCAUAUAACUAUUGAGGAAAAUAAAUAAAUUUUAUCUAUAAUUGCUUUGAAUUUGGGUAUGGAAGAAAUAAGACAUUAUAGUACUGGGGAGAUUCAUGAUGGAAAUAAUUAUAUGGUUUUUUUGAAUGGGUAAAUUAUAGGAUUGCAUAAAGACCCUGAAAAAUUUGCUGAGAAGUUGAGAUUUAUGAGAAGAAGAGGUAAAAUAGGGACAACGAUCAGUAUAUCAACAAAUAGUGAGAAAAAGGUGGUCUAUUUAGACACUGAUGGGGGCAGAUUAUGUAGACUUUUAAUCGUAGUUUAAAAUAAAACGCCUAUUUUAACUGAAGAACAUAUAAAAUUAUUAAAAAAUAGGUAGAAAUCAUAUGACGAUCUUAUAAAAAUGGGUAUUAUUGAAUACAUAGACGUAAAUGAGGAAGAUAAUACCCUAAUAGCGAUAAAACCAGAGGAAAUUUCUAAAAAAACUACACAUCUAGAAAUCGAUCCUUUGACUCUACUUGGUGUAGUUUCUGGAGUCAUUCCAUAUCCACACCAUAAUUAGGCUAGUAGGAAUACUUUCUAGUGUGCAAUGGGAAAAUAGGCUUUGGGAAUAAUCGGAAGCACUUCAAUGAGUAGAGCUGAUACUCUUUUAUAUUAACUAGUUUACCCAUAAACUCCUUUAAUGAAAACUAAGACUAUAGAAUAUACUGGAUAUGAUUAAUUCCCAGCAGGUCAUAAUGCCUCCAUUGCCGUUUUAAGUUACUCAGGAUAUGAUAUAGAAGAUUCAGUGGUGUUAAAUAAAGCUUCAUUAGAUAGAGGCUUUGGAAGAACUAUGGUAUAUAAAAGAUAUGAGACGGAGAUGUAAAGAUAUAAAGUUGGAGUAGCUGAAAUCGUAUUAUAACCACCUAAGGAGGUAGAAGGAAGUAAUUAUAAGAAGUAAAAUAAGGGUUUAAGGAAAUAUGGGGCCCUAGAUCAUGAUGGGGUAGGGAUUGUGGGCGCACCAGUUAAUAAUGGGGAUAUUUUAGUCAAUAAAUAUACCCCAGUUAUUCCAGCAGAGGCUGUUAGAGGAAGAGAAUAUUUAAGAUAGGAAUAAAUUUUGGAUUAUAUACAUGUAAUUAAAUUUAAUUUAUUAUAAUUAAAUUUUUAUUAUAGAAUCCGACAAGUUUUAAAGGAAAAAUUUUAGCGAGAAUUGAUAAAAUUAUUUAUACGAAAAAUUAAGAAGGAAAUAAUAUUGUUAAAACUGUUAUUAGAGAAACUAGAAGACCUGAAUAUGGUGACAAAUUUAGUUCUAGACAUGGUCAAAAAGGUAUUAUUGGUUUAAUUGUAAAUUAAGAAGAUAUGCCUUUUAGUGAAAAGGGAUGGUGUCCGGAUUUAAUUAUGAAUCCUCAUGGUUAUCCUUCUAGAAUGACUGUUGGAAAAUUAUUAGAAUUAUUAGGUUCUAAAGCUGCUGUACUUUCUGGUUAGUUUAAAUAUGGAACAGCUUUUGGGGGAGAUAAAAUGGAAGAUUUAUCAAGAAUUCUAGUUUAAAAUGGAUUCUCGUAUACAGGAAAAGAUGUGCUUAUAAGUGGUAUCACAGGUGAAUAUAUGAAUUGUUAUGUUUUUUGUGGGCCAGUGUUUUAUUAAAGACUUAAACAUAUGGUAGCUGAUAAAGUACAUGCUAGGGCAAAGGGAAGAGUUACUACUUUAACUAGAUAACCGACUGAAGGAAGGGCUAAAGACGGAGGAUUGAGACUCGGUGAAAUGGAAAGGGAUAGUUUAUUGGCUUUUGCUUCUUCGAAUUUGUUAAUUGAAAGAUUAAUGAUUAGUUCAGAUAAAUUCUAAGUACUUGUUUGCGAGAAAUGUGGGUUUAUUUAGCACUCAUUAUAUUGUAAAAUGUGUAAGAGUUAAGAGGUAUUUUUUAUCUUUAUUUAUUUAAUGAUUUUUUUUUUAUUUAGGUUAGUAAAGUUAUUUUGCCAUAUGCUUGUAAAUUACUUUUUUAAGAAUUAUUGUCAAUGAAUAUUAAAACUAAACUUAAUUUAGUUAAUAUGAAUAAAAUAGAAAGUAGUUAUUGAUUCAAUUUAAAUAUAUAUGGCUUUUUUAUUAAAUUAAUGAUAACAUUUUAUGUUUAAUUAAAAAAUAAUAUUACAGAAUU